AACUAAACCACAGAUAAGUAACAAAAGAUGGCAGCACACGGUCCUCCGUUAAACAUCUGGGCUAUUGGGGCCAUGUCCUCUGUUUUGAUCAUUUACGUUGGUCUUAAAGCACCUUUAAAAUAUAAAUGGGCUAAAGAGAGAAGACUUAGUCCAAAAGCUGAUUUAGCUUGGAGAAAUGCUGCUGAUAAAUGGCUUGUUAAUAAUCAAUAAGUUAUUUGCAUUUAAUUUUAUUUAUUUAUACUUUAAUGUACAUUUAUUAAGUCU